AUGGAUACCGAGAAGCUUAAGCGCAUGCAAGCGCAGGCUGUCCCGCUGUCCGACGAAACUAACAUCGAGACAGGAGGCAAAGGUACCCCGCGGAGAAAGACGAAGAAGGUCCACAAGAGCUCCGGCACCGACGACAAGAAGCUGCAGACCGCGCUGAAGAAGAUGAAUGUGCAACCCAUCCAAGCGAUUGAGGAGGUCAACAUGUUCAAGGAGGAUGGUAACGUGAUACACUUUGCCGCACCAAAGGUGCACGCCUCCGUCCCCUCCAACACCUUCGCCAUCUACGGCAACGGCGAGGACAAGGAACUUACCGAGCUUGUCCCCGGCAUUCUUAACCAAUUGGGACCGGACUCUCUGGCCUCGUUGCGCCGACUGGCCGAGUCGUACCAGAGCCUGCAGAAGAAGGAGGGCGGUGAGAAGAAGGAAGGCGAGGAUGACGAUGACGAGAUCCCGGAUUUGGUCGAGGGCGAGAACUUUGAGGGCAAGGUUGAAUAA